AUGGGGUUUGAGGUCAUCAUUCUCCGAUUCCCCCGUUCUCACUUCACCUCAAGUUCUACUUCCACGCUCACCUCCUCCGCGACCGCCGAGACCAAAAACUUCCUUACCAAAUCUCCGCCCAACAACGACGUCUUUGGGUCGCUUCCAGAACAUUUGCGGACCUCACUAAUAUCACUGCGCGGAGGUGAGGCACAAGGUUCCCCGUGCAACGCGGUGCCAAUACCCAGUGGAAACCACAGCUCGUUGCCGCUCUCGCCCAAUGCGGCCACGAAAGGCGGCCAGGAUUUCGGCGACGUCCUCCAUGCGCCUCUCGUACCGCCUGAAGGUCAGGACCAGAACCGCCCAACCACCAAUAGCUCCACUUUGAGCAUCGGAAAAUGUUGCGCUUUCAUGCCACACAAGGUCAGGGCAAUGGACAGCUUUGAGCGCGCGAUCCAUUUGUGCCGGCAUCCAGAGACCCGAGUUUCGGUCGAACCAGUCAUGACAUACCUGCCCAUAGCAAACACUGCAAGUCCGCGCGACAGUCCAUCUUCAUUCUCGACCCCUUCAAAACUCGAAUCCAGCACAGCGGACGCAGGACAGCGACACCUCGAAAUAUGCCAUGUUUCUCAGCACGACGCGCGUCUCCAAUGGGAUGACCAGCCGCUCCCAAAGUCCUGGCACGUCUUUGUCUUCCGCCACAGACGUCUCCUGCGCAUGGUGUGCACUGUAUUGUUUGUGAUCCUAGCGUCAACGGCAAUAGCGGGCGGCGUGAUAUGGAAGUUGACAACGUGUGAGUUGACGUCUCCUUUUCUUUUCCAUCCAGCAGUUUUGAUCGCCUUUCCUGGCCCUGGGACGGGCAGUGAGGAUGUCGACCUCCUGGCAACGCAGCCCACUGCCUUACUUGCUCGUUCCCCUAUUUUUCAAUCAUCUACGUACUCCAGGCUGACAGCGGACUACUUCAUUCCAGUGGAUCAAGUGGACCGAGUGCAAUAG